GGUAGCAAUUCGCAUGCUUGACCCGUUGGGAGGCAAGCAACAGAGUUCGCCCUGGUUCGAUAGUCUCUUCACAUCGUCGACCCAAUGAACAGUAACUCGUCGGGUUCAUCCGGAUCACCACUGAGUCUCUCGUCUCAUCUCAGAGACAGCUCAGACGCACUCUCACGUCCCACUUGGCUCUUCAAUAGUCAGGGGAGACCUGCGCGCUUAUUCGUUCAAGCCGGAAAAGAAAGAACUCGUUCCCCCGUCGAAAAAAACGCACUUGUACAGUUGCAAUGGCCACCGAUCCGGUCCAGGUCAGGGAUGAGGACAAAGAAUAUGAACUCGAAACACUUUGAAGCAAUUCUAUCACACAUAAGCAUUACUAUUACUUUUGUUUGUUCCAACAUGUUCUCAUUAUCACCGCACUAAUUAGAAGAAUUUCCAUUUUUAUAUCCCAUUUCACUUAUGAUGCUCUUGCUUAUUUGUUUACAUUCCUAUAACUUGAAGAUCCGAGGCCGUAUUCAUUAUUCAUACUUUAAGGUAAAUCCUACUUCCAGGUAAUUUAAUCACUCAUUAUCAUAAGUUUUAUUACUGAUAAUGACUGAUAAAACUACCUGGAAGUAGGAUUUACCUCAAGGUAUCAAUGAUGAAUACGGCCUCUCAAUUCACUUAGCCACUAUUAUACUCCCAUUCCAUUUAUUAUGGUAAUCUUGCUUUGAUUCGUUUGCACUCUAACUUCAAGAUCUAAAUUCACUUAUUUUGUGUGUGCACUUGUUAUGAAAAGUUCUCAAUAAACAUCUAUUUGAGUACUGAUAGAAGAAUAAACUUGAACACAUGGG